CGAAUAUGAGUGGCUAAUAUAUAACUAACAAAACCACCAAACCUCGAACCCCCUCUUCCCCAGACCUUCCAUGGCUACUCUCAGCUUCAACUCCACAACAAUCCCUCACAAACCCAUCUCCAAAACCACUUCUUUUUCAAAACCAACAAAAAUAUUCUUCCCAUUCUCUCUAAAACCCACCAAAAACCACACCAAACCCCUCCAUUUCCACCACAAACUCUCUGUUACAACACAAGAGCAAGUCGAGGUGGAGGAGUUUGACAAUGAAGAGCAAGAAGAAGAUGAAGAAGACGAUGAUCCUACUGCUGAAAUGUGUUAUCUUGACCCGGAAACGGACCCGGAGAGCGUGACUGAGUGGGAGUUAGAUUUUUGUUCUAGGCCUAUUCUUGAUAUUAGAGGCAAGAAAGUUUGGGAGCUUGUUGUUUGUGAUGAGUCUUUGUCACUUCAGUAUACUAAGUAUUUUCCUAAUAAUGUUAUUAAUAGUAUCACUUUGAAAGAUGCUCUUGUUUCUAUUAGUCAGGAUCUUGGUGUUCCUUUGCCUGAAAAAGUUCGGUUCUUCAGGUCACAAUUGCAGACAAUUAUAACAAAGGCUUGUAAAGAGUUGGAUAUAAAGCCUAUUCCAAGUAAAAGGUGUUUAUCAUUAGUUCUAUGGCUCGAAGAACGAUACGAGACUGUAUAUACUCGUCACCCCGGCUUUCAGAAGGGUUCUAAACCGCUCCUGGCUUUGGAUAAUCCUUUUCCAAUGGAGCUUCCUGAGAAUCUGUUUGGAGAAAAAUGGGCAUUUGUUCAAUUACCUUUAUCAGCUGUUAGAGAAGAAGUGUCAGCACUAGAAACAAGAUUUAUGUUCGGAGCAAGUCUAGAUUUGGAUCUGCUGGGAAUUGAAAUUGAUGAGAAAACAUUGAUUCCAGGACUUGCUGUUGCAUCUUCACGUGCUAAACCAUUGGCAGCCUGGAUGAACGGAUUAGAAGUGGGUUCGAUCGAAGCAGACACAUCUCGUGCCAGCUUAAUUCUGUCCGUUGGAUUAUCCACCCGUUAUGUGUACGCGACCUAUAAGAAAAAUGCAGAAACAACAGCAGAAGCUGAAGCUUGGGAGGCUGCAAAGAAAGCUUCUGGUGGCUUACAUUUUUUGGCCAUUCAAGAUGACUUAGAUUCUGAAGAUUGUGUUGGCUUUUGGCUUUUACUAGACUUGCCUCCUCCUCCUGUAUGAUUUUGUCACCAACUUUAAUGCUAAAAUAUAUUUUAAAUUUUGAUAA